AUGCACUAUUUUACUUUCGAUAUUGUCUCUUCUUUACCUGAAGAACUUAGUAUUCAAAUUCUGUGUUUUCUUUCUGUCAAAAGCUUGAUGCAAUGUCAACUUGUAUGCAAGCGUUGGAGAAAUUUUGCUAACGAUCCCAUCAUAUGGAAAAGAAAAUGCCUCGAAUUAGCCUAUCACGACAUUAAUCCGAUAAAAUCACCUUCCAAUCCUGUCUUAUGGUAUUCUUUGUAUCGUAAAUUUUUUAAACGCGAAAACAAUUGGGGAAGUGGGCGUGUUCAAACUGUUGAUUAUCUGAAAGGACAUUCCAGUCGAAUUUUUUUUGUCGCAAUUAAGGAUGGAAUGGCUGUCAGCCUCGCUUGGGAUAGAUCUAUGCGAUUUUGGGAUGUCGAGCAGGGUCUCUGCUUAUCUGUUAUAUCAUUAAACCAUAUGGCAGAAGAAGUAGACUUUUUGCCAAAGAAAUGGGUAGUUGCUGUAUCCUUUCGGAUGGAGUUUAUUCACGUUUAUAAUCUUCGUGAAGGAAAUUCCAAAGUGGUGCUUGUAAGUCAUAAACGAGUUCCACUUCAUUGUGUGAAUAUAGGAGAAGAAAUCUUGGUUUCUGGUUCAGACGAUGGUAUAAUUAACGUUUGGGACUGGCGUUCUACCAAAUUGCUAACUUAUUUUGAAACUCGGGGUGGGGUACUUUAUGUGAAAGUCGUUAAUUCGAGUACUAUAGUUUCACUUCAUAACGAUGGCAUUAUUCAGGUGUUUUCCGUGACACAAAACAAGGUUAUACAGCAAUAUUCGUUUCUUCCAAUGGUUUUUGAUGACAUAUUGCAUAGUGCGGCCAUUAACAGAGAAUGGAUUCUAUGUGCCACCCAAGACCUUAUUUAUCUUUUGAAGUGGCAAUUCGUGCCAGAUACAUUUGAGAUAGAUGUAACAAAACCACCUACUUUCAAUUGGAAAAUGGAUGCACCUGCUGUAGUUCCAUGGUGCGGUUGCCUUGCUGGUAAAGGACGUUCUGUUUUAAGCAAUUGUUCAUCAACUGGUCCUAUUUGCGUUGUGAAACCUGGUGGUAGUGUCAAAUUUUUAACUGAACCUGGUCAAGGCGUCGAUUCUCUUAAGGGUUUUAGGCUGUUAACUUUGACCGAACAACCUACCUUUAUGGAUGUUGACGAUCGUUUCUUAUUGAUUGGAACAAAACAAGGAAAAUUGAUACGUUGUGGGUUUGAUGAUACACAGUUACCUCUUGUAGGAUAA